AUGCAUCCUCAUAACUCAAAAAAUGACCCAAACGCUGCUAAUGGCUGUAGCGGCGAACCUGUUUUCAUUUUAUUCGGACCGCUUUGUUCGAAAAUCCCUCGGGAAUUCUACAACUUGCGCAACUCGAUUCGAGAUAAUGAGGACCUGAAGUUCCUGGCGCAGACUAUCGCCAAUCUACGGACAGUCUGGACGGUGAUACGUGACUCCUGGCCAGGCCUGUACCUGAUUCCUGGCCAGGCAAAGUUGGACGAACUUUGCCAGUUUUUUGAUGGAGGGCCAAUGCCUGUCAUAGAUGAGCAGAUGAAUCUCAUUCUUACACCAAUGACUGUCAUAUCCCAUUUAAUUGAGUUCUGGACUCUGAAGGAUAGAUAUCUCGAUCAGCAGCAUGCUUCAUGGCCGUUAUUUCAGGAUGUGCAAGGGUUCUGUGUCGGCGUUUUGGCCGCAAUUGUGGUGGCCUGUUCCAAGAAUGAGGAGGACUUCCAGCUACUCGCGUCCAAGGUUAUCCACCUCGCGGUAUGCAUUGGUGCCCUGGUAGAUUGGGAUGAAAUCCAAAAGUCGUAUGAGUACGAUCGGUCGGUUUCCGUCGCAAUCCGGUGGAAGUCGAAUUUCCAGUAUGACCAACUAAAAAGAGCCAUAGGAUCCUAUAGCAGGGCAUACAUUUCAUGCCUCACUGGCCAAAGCUCGGCGACAGUGACUCUUCCGCAAAGAGACGUGGUGUCCUUUCUGUCCAACCUCGCCGAGCUAGGGCUCGCUGCCAAGGCCCUGACACUACGCGGGCGAUUCCAUCAUCAAGACCAUUUCGAUGCCGUCCGGGAAUUGAUCAAACUCUGUGAGCGCGAUACAAAAUUUCAACUGCCAUCCGCCGACGGCCUGAUUCUUCCACUAAGAUCCAGUGCUGACGGUCAAAUUAUUUUACACGGAUCCUUGCAUCAGGUUGCCCUCGAAUCAGUCUUGGUAAAACAGUCACAGUGGUAUCGGACUGUGCAAGAAACCUAUUGUGCUUGGAAAAUUCACAAUGAGAAUAUUAGCUUCAUCACAAUCGGCGACAAUAUUCCUAUACCACCCUCCCUCGCAAGGAUCCCGGAGUUACCAAGGGUGUCUGAAAGGUGUAAUGGUAUCCAGGAGAAUGGCAUCCCAACAGCAGCUCGAGCCCCGUCUGUAGAUAGCCCAGGUAUGGACGAGUCUACAAUCGCAGUUAUUGGAAUGGCGUGUCGAUACCCAGAAGCAGAUUCUGUUGAUGAGCUUUGGGAAUUGAUAUAUGAGGGUAAAUCUGUUUCUCCAAGGACCCCGGAGGACCGAUUCAACGUAUCGAACAUCUGUCGUGAGCCAAAGGAUAAUGCUCUCUGGAGUAAUUUUAUCCGACAGCCUGAUGUUUUUGAUCAUCGCUUUUUCCACAUUUCCGGCCGUGAGGCAACGUCCAUGGAUCCUCAGCAGAGGCUGAUGCUUCAAGUAGCCUAUGAAGCGGUGGAAUCGGCCGGGUAUUGCGGAUUGAAGUCUGAUGAGCUUCCCAAAGAUGUCGGAUGCUAUAUCGGUGUGGCCACCGAUGACUACCGUGAUAACGUCGCCUCCCACCCUGUAAAUGCUUUUUCGGCCCCAGGGACAUUAAGAGCCUUUAUUAGUGGAAGAAUUAGCCAUUUCUUCGGUUGGAACGGCCCUUCAUUAACAUUAGAUACUGCAUGCUCUUCUUCAGCCCUUGCUAUCCACACUGCCUGCAGGGCUCUUCAAACAAAGGAUUGUUCGGUUGCCUUGGCCGGCGGCGUAAACAUGAUUACAAGUCCAAGGAUGACCCAGGGUCUCGGCGCUGCAUCAUUUUUGAGCCCCACUGGAGCUUGCAAGGCAUUUGGGGCCAAUGCUGAUGGCUACUGCCGGGCAGAAGGAGCCGGAGUAGUGCUGUUAAGACCCUUGAGAGAUGCGGUUCAAAACGGAGACUUCAUCCUUGCCGUGAUCAGUGGCUCGUCUGUAAAUCAGGGAUCUAAGUGCUCACCUAUCACGGUACCCGACUUACACUCCCAGGUUUCUCUUUACUGCAAGGCACUAUCAGCGUCGCGAAUUGAUCCGGCAGAUGUCACCUACGUAGAGGCUCAUGGUACCGGCACUCAGGUCGGAGAUCCGAUUGAAUUUCAAAGCAUUCAGAAGGUAUUUGGUGGUCAACAUCAACAGCAUCGUUGUCUCUCCGUCGGCUCUGUCAAGAAUAAUAUAGGCCAUACCGAAGCGGCAUCCGGUGUUGCAGCGCUUUUAAAAACGAUCCUAAUGAUACAAAACCAAACAAUUCCCAAACACGCUAAUUUCUCGCACUUGAACCCUAAGAUCUCGCCGCUGGGUAGUGAACAAGUGGUGAUACCAACGCAUUCCCAGAGUUGGAAACCUGCGAGACGCAUUGCCUUGGUCAACAACUACGGGGCAGCAGGGAGCAAUGUUGCCAUCGUGGUACAAGAACCCGUUUCAAACAUGCAGCAGGCCAAAAACCGCACGUCAGCCGUUCGGCCAUUUGAGUUACUGGACUUUCCGAUUCUGAUUUCCGGGAAAUCGGAGGAAGCUAUAGAUUGGUACAUUCGUCGUUUACAAGCCUACAUUAAAAGAACCAAGGCCACGCCUAUCGAUAUCGCAUAUAACCUUGCUAUGAAGCAGAAUAUGAGCCUAGAGUACGUAUUAGCAACGAGCCAUUCUAGCAGCCAGUGUCUUUUCACCAUGCCAGAAAAUGCAUCGGCCAGUGUUCCGAAAGCUGAAAAGCUUUCGGGGGAGCCAUACCCUGUAGUACUUUGUUUUGGGGGACAAAAUGGCAGGAAGGCGAGUAUCUCCAGGGAUCUCGUGGAUAAUUGUAAGGUCUUGCAAGAUUACCUGAUGGACUGCAAUUCAAUCUGUCAGAAGCUAUCCCUUCCCAGCCUUCUACCAAUCAUAUUGGAAGAUGAACCCAUUCAAGACCUUGUUACGCUACAUUGUGCUUUAUUUUCGAUCCAGUAUGCGUGCGCCAAAUCAUGGCUGGCAUGUGGAAUCAAGGUCGAUAGAAUCAUUGGGCACAGUUUCGGUCAACUUACUGCCCUAUGUGUAGCGGAAGUCCUGCCGCUUUCAGAUGGACUUCACCUGGUUGCUGAGCGCGCUCGACUGAUAUUGACUUACUGCGGGCAGAAGAACGGUGUAAUGCUGGCCAUAGAGGCCCCACUUGAGCAGGUACACUGUCUCCUCGACUUGGCUGAACGUCAAUGCCGGUCAUUCUCCGCCGAGAUCGCAUGUUAUAACGGGCCACAAAGCUACGUCGUAGCUGGCGAUGAGAUAUCCAUUGGCGCUAUCGAGAAGGUCUCGGAAAGCCUUUUCGACAGUAUCAAAUUAAAACAACUACGCAACAGUCAUGCCUUCCAUACUAAGCUUAUUGACGAUAUCAUUCCGAGCUUCCUCGAGGUCGCAAAGACGUUUCGCUACCAAAAGCCCAUAAUUCCCAUUGAACCCUGUUCCAUCAGUAACAGCUGGUCUGACGGAAUCACAGCUGAGAGGAUAGUUGACCACAGCCGAAUGCCCGUCUAUUUUGCGGACGCUGUCAAGAGGACAGAACAGCAGCUCUCGGGGAGAAUCAUAUGGCUUGAAGCCGGAUCGGGAUCUCCAGUUAUACAAAUGACCCGGCGGGUUACCUCUCCAUCUCGGGCUCAUAUAUAUUGCCCCGUUACCCUCUCGGGUCUAGGGGCACAAAGAAGCCUCACAAAAAUCACCUGUGAUUUGUGGUCAAGUGGUGUAAAGGCUCAGUUUUGGCCCUUUCACCAGUCCCAGGCUGCGCGGUACAAGUGGGUGAAUCUUCCUCCAUACGCAUUCACAGAGACACGACACUGGCUGGAUUAUAAACCCAUGGCACCUGUGCUUGUAGAGCAGACUCUUGGCUCUACAAGUAUACCCUCGAAAUUACUCGAGCUCUUAGCCCAGCCUGAACAAUCAUCCCAAGCUCUGUUUGAGGUAUACCCUGAGCACGAGAUUUAUCAGCUAUGUUCAGGAGGCCACUCUGUGGCUGGUCAUGGUCUUUGUCCUGCAGGGCUGUAUAUUGAAUUAAUUCUCAGGGCCUGUUCCAUCCUGCGUCAUACUCAGACAACCACAACACCUUUGAUAGAAGGGAUCACCAUGUCUUCACCCCUUCCCGUCACUCCAGCCGGACGUAUAUUUUUAAACCUCUCGGAACUAGAUUCACAAACUGGAUCGUGGAAUUUCUCGGUGUUUAGCGGGGACAAUCCGGAUACGGGAGAUCACACAGUUCAUUCCGCCGGAAGGGUAAAGGUUUCUCAGGCAAAUACUCACGCGAUUGCCACUCGACUAAGGUCUCUGAACCGCCUCGUCAGACUGUCCCUCUGUUCUAAGAUUGAGGCAUCCCCAUCAUCGAUUGGCUUGAAAGGCCCGUUUGUUUACAGUACCUUGGAGAGAGUAGUCCACUACGCGAAAUACUAUCACGGUAUUCGGAAGGUCUUUGCUGAUGGGGAUGAAGCAAUGGGGCAGAUUCUUUUGCCACCAUCGCGGCCUGAAAGCCUCAAGUCUGGGGUCUGCGACUUAGUCCUGCUCGACAACCUCACUCUGAUGGCUGGCAUCCAAGUCAAUUGCCUAUCAGAUAAUACCGACGUCGACGAUGCAUGGAUAUGUAGCUCUAUAGGUGAGAUAAUAAUCGGCGGGGUGUUUCUGGAAAGGCAGCAUAAAGCUCCAUCAUGGACGGUAUAUUGCAACCGCGAACGAAUCUCCGACAAAGUUUUCAGCUGUGAUGUAUUCGCCCUAGACACGGAGUCGGGGGAUCUAGGCCUUGUCCUCGUAUCGACUGAGUUUCAGAAAGUAUCGAUCAAGUCUCUGACGGCCGCCCUGGCAAGGUGCAACGGGUCCAAAUCCCAUCUGAAAUCACCCUCUAUUAGGGAAAGAACCGCAUUAUCCAGCGGCACCAACCAACAUAUUAUCACCCAUCACCACGAAGCAGAUAUGUUGAAUUUCGAGAGAGGCGCUAUUACGCCUGCAAAUGAACCAGAGGGGAUCAAGAAUAUCCGAGAAAUUCUCUGUAACAUUCUAGGUAUUCCGUUUAAUGAGAUUCUACCACAGUCCCGCAUGUCAGACUUGGGCGUCGACUCUCUGGUCGCCAUGGAAAUCCUGGCCGAGAUAAGAAUCAAGUUCGGUACAAUGAUCUCAGCAUCUAGCUUUGGGGCAAUUUCCGACGUUCAGACACUUGCCCGCCAUGUCUUCCCAUCGACUGCAGCCACCGACCUUGCAACGAAGGCUUCCUUCAACGAUAUGGUAGGCAGUUGCUCUGAGCAGAGGCAGCAUGUCGUUUCCACAGGAUGGAAUCAAAUCAGGGACAUUUUUAGUGAGGUCCUGGAAAUUCCUGCGCACGAAAUACUUCCCUCCUCAUCUCUGGCCGAUCUCCGGGUCGAUUCCUUGGUAGCAAUGGAGAUAAUCUCCAAAAUCAAUAAAAGAUACAACUUAGCAAUGACGGCCAACAGCCUUGAUGGCAUGGGUACUGUAGCAUCCAUGUGUGCCCAGUUUCAACCAGACGCUGUGGGGGCCGGCUUUCCUGGAAGCAACCUGGGGGACUUCCACAGUCUCCAGCCACAGAGUCUUUACGGUAGAGAGAAUUCCUCCGAAACUACCAUGGAAACGGUUGUCGUUGGUGAAAAGGAAGGGAUUGAGCUUCUUGCCGAUAUAUAUUAUCCAAGCGAAGUUGCAACUCCGCAGACACCUCCUCUACCAGUUGCACUUAUGAUACACGGCGGUGGCCACAUAAUGCUAUCAAGAAAGGACGUCCGUCCACGGCAGACUCAAAUGCUAUUGGAUGCAGGAUUCCUGCCCGUAAGCGUGGACUAUCGUCUAUGCCCCGAGAAGACGUUGCCCGAAGGACCGAUGCAAGAUGUCCGAGAUGCUCUUUGCUGGGCGCGGAAGACGUUGCCGACGAUGACACUCACACGACCUGAUAUACGGGUUGACGGAGAAAAGGUCGUAGCUAUUGGCUGGUCCACAGGCGGACACCUUGCGAUGAGUCUUGGGUGGACAUCUCAAUCAAUGGGGAUCGACCCCCCUGAAGCCAUUUUGGCGUUUUACUGCCCCAGCGAUUACGAAGACCCGUGCUGGUCUGCACAGAACUUGCCGUUUGGGCUCCUGAUUCCGGAAGCAACAGAUCCGGUUCAUGAUCUUUCCGGGUCCGUUUACGACCGGCCCAUCACAGCCUACAACCCUGGACGGGAUAGCUGUGCGCUUGGUGGAUGGAUGGCGCCGGAGGAUCCUCGGUCUCGAGUGCCUUUGUAUAUGAACUGGAAGGGGCAGACCCUCCCCGUUCUACUGAAUGGACUGAAACCUUCAGAGCUCUCUACAGGAAAAGUGCCAGAACUUCCCAGGCCAUCCGUUGAACAGAUACAAAGUAUCAGUCCACUUGCUCAUAUUCAGCAGGGCACUUACAAGACGCCUACAUUUCUUAUUCAUGGGACACUGGAUGAUCUCAUCCCCUGGCAACAGGCUCAGAGAACUUACACUGCCCUUGUGGGCAUCGGGGUGGAGGCAGAGUUGAGACUAUUGGGAAACACUCUGCAUUUAUAUGACAUAUAUCGUGGAUUUGAGAAAAAUAAGGAUGCGGUCCAGGCGAUUCUCGACGGUUAUAAAUUCCUUCGUGCUCAUGUCUAA